GCCAGGAAGAAGGAGUAUUUGCAUGGUGGUGGUGGUGGUGGUGGUAGUGGGGGACAUGUUCUCUGGCUCCACCUAACCCACUUAUCGCAGUAUCUUCCUUCAGGAGCCAGCACAUAUUUUCAUGCCCACCAAUCCGGUCAAGGUCUCCCAGAUGCUUGAAUGAUACAGCCCUGGAUCCUCGGAAGAGAAGGAGGCAGCGUGUGGGGGAGAUUUUGCAGGGACGUUUAAUAUUCAGGUCACGUGAUCAUGGCAGUGGCGGCAGCAGCAGCAGCAGCAUCCCUGCUUAUCUGAAAUAUCCACUGGAGAAGUGGGGAAAGGAGGAAGAGAGAUAGAGACACGCAGGGAGGGAGGGAGGGAGGAAGGAAGGAAGGAAGGAAGGUUUCACAGGCAGUCUUUGGGAGCAGAGAAAAGUAAGGAGAAGCCGCACCCCAAAGGAUCAUAUCCAGAGACAAAGGAAGAUUCAUGUUCAAAGGCCCAGCAGAUACCAAGCCUGAAGCAGCCAUGUCUGAGCUGGUGCCAGAGUCCCGGCCCAAACCAGUGGUGCCAAUGAAACCUGUUGGUAUUAAUUCUAACCUUCUGGGCUACAUUGGGAUUGACACCAUCAUAGAGCAAAUGCGCAAGAAGACCAUGAAAACUGGAUUUGACUUCAACAUCAUGGUUGUAGGCCAAAGCGGACUAGGAAAAUCAACACUCGUGAACACUCUGUUCAAAUCCCAAGUGAGUCGCAAGUCUUCAGGCUGGAACCGUGAAGAGAAGAUCCCUAAGACAGUGGAAAUCAAGGCCAUUGGACAUGUUAUUGAAGAAGGCGGUGUCAAAAUGAAGUUGACAGUUAUUGACACUCCUGGAUUUGGUGACCAGAUCAACAAUGAAAACUGCUGGGAACCCAUCGAGAAAUAUAUCAAUGAGCAAUAUGAGAAAUUCCUGAAGGAGGAGGUGAAUAUUGCAAGAAAGAAACGAAUCCCAGACACAAGAGUCCACUGUUGCCUCUACUUUAUCUCUCCCACAGGUCACUCCUUGCGACCUUUGGAUAUGGAAUUUAUGAAACAUUUGAGCAAAGUAGUAAACAUCAUCCCUGUUAUUGCCAAGGCAGACACCAUGACUCUGGAGGAGAAGAUUGAGUUUAAGCAGAGGGUCCGCAAGGAACUAGAAGUCAAUGGAAUUGAGUUUUAUCCCCAGAAAGAGUUUGAUGAGGAUCUUGAGGAUAAGACAGAGAACGACAAAAUCAGGCAGGAAAGUAUGCCAUUUGCAGUGGUGGGCAGUGACAAGGAAUAUCAAGUCAAUGGAAAAAGGGUCCUGGGCAGGAAGACACCCUGGGGAGUCAUUGAAGUGGAAAAUCUCAAUCAUUGUGAAUUUGCCCUACUCCGAGACUUUGUCAUUAGGACCCACCUUCAAGACCUGAAAGAAGUAACGCACAAUAUCCACUAUGAGACUUACAGGGCUAAACGACUGAAUGACAAUGGGGGACUCCCCCCAGUGACCGUAGAGACAGAAGAAAACCAUGAAAGUAACCUGUGAACAUCCCACCUUCGUAUGUGCUGUCUCGGAGUUAGAACCACUACUCUCACCCCAUCCCUUUAUUUGAAUUCAGGCCUCUCUUCGAAGCAUGUGGAAUAUCCUUUGUGUGUGCAUAUGGGGGAAGAAUGAGGGACACCACCCCCAACUUUCUCCAAAUGUCCCCAUCUUGUUCUUUUAUUAUUUUUAUUUGAAUUUUGUAUUUUGCACAGCAGACUCUAGUCUUCCGUUGUAUUCUAAUAUUCAAUUGUGCAUCCUGGGAUAUGUUGAGGGAAUUCUGGAACUUGUGCAAUCUCUGGAGUCACAUUUAGUACUUCUAAGGGGGGAAAUGAGAUCAGUGAAAAGGUGUUGUGAACACUGCGGUGGAAACAGAGGGACAUACUUUGGAUGCGACUUUGAAUGGUCUGGAAGAGAUUGGGUUGCUCUGCACUGUGAUAGGUGGUUUGUGUCAUAGGGUCACUUCUCAAUGUAAGAAAAGUAGACUUAGACUGGUACCUUAAGCACACUUGUGUGGUAGUAAGUUCCAGUGAAAUCAAUAGGAGGGAUUUGUUCCGAAGUAAAUGUGUUCAAUUAGAAACAAUGUGCCAGUGUGGAAAAGAGAGACAGGAUUUGGACCAUUUUGUUUCCCACAGUAAGACUGGUUGGAGGCAAGGUUGUAGAGAGAGAAAAUAAGAGUUGAAGUUUGAUGGGAAAGUAUCAGUUUUCUCAGUGUG